UCUCGGAUGUCAUGUCCCGAAUCGGCCAGAGCUAUGGCAGUUUCGAAGCUCCCCAGUGGCAGUGCUUAACCGGCACCCGAGACCGUACUGUUCUUUACGAGAAGAGUAUCGAGCACACUGCUGCGGCUCUUGCCUUCACUGCCCAGCUCAAUUACGAGCUGAACAACGAGAUCCAUUCGAGCAAGAGUCAUGCUCAAGAAGCGAAGGACCUCCACCUUAGAGCGAACGACGAUCUGAAGGCGGCGAAUGCUAAGCUCAAGGCAGUGGUUAAGGAGCGUGAGGACAUGGCCAAGGAGCUCGGAAAGCUGAGAGCUAAACUCGAGGAGCAAAAGAAAGAUAACGCCCAGCUUCGGGAGUCCAAUAAGAAGCUCGAAGAGGACAAGGCCGCCACCUUCGACAUCAUAGAGGAUGCCAAAACUCGCCUUCUUACCGAGUACAAAGAAAAGAAGGAAAAGGCGGUCGACUCAGCCAUGUACCGGAUGUGGGCUUAUAAUGAGGAGCUGGACACCAGCUUCUUAGGUCCCCACGAGGCGCCGCUUCUCGAACGAUGGAAUGCUCGGCUCGAGAAGGAAGAGGCUGAACAGAUUGAGAAGGAGAAGGCUGAGCAGCUUGAGAAGGAGAAGGCUGAGCAGCUUGAGAAGGAAAAGGCUGCUCUGGGCACCGUUUCAGAGGGAGCUCAGGAGGAUAGCCAUGCUAUUCGUCCUGAGGGGUCCGGCGCUACUGAUGCUGAGAAGGCCAAGGAGACUCCUCUUCCUUGAAUCUGACCUCGGGGAGAUCAAUUAUCGGGGCUGCGUCCCCUUAUUUCUGUAAUUAUUUUAAUAUAUGCCCACGGGGCUGAUACAAUUUCUUUUACCAUUCUUUUAUAUGCUUUACAUUUCUUGGCUCGAAAUAUUUUGCAUAUUUUUAUAUUGAUGAACCAGUUAUGUUUAUUUAUUCAUACAAACAUAGUUUGGAUUUAGGCUCGAAAUUCGAUGCAUUCAUGCAUAGUU